GCGGGAAUCGUGGGUCGAGAUGGAGAAUGGAUACGAGGUUCCCUGUUUCGUGAGCGAGGAGUUGCAACCAAGAAGGGUUGAGAGUUGGGGCGAUGGUGGAUAUAAAAAUGUUCCAUCAUCCCAAGGUCCCCAUCUUGCUGACCAUUGUUUCUUCCAGAUCGAUCUGUACCAACGGCCAGCGUUCACUUGGCAUGAUGGCGAGCAAGUUCCUCACAUACACAACCCUCGCUCUCACCCUCGCCUCUGGCGUGCACUCCAUGUACUUUGUCUCGCGCGAUGAAUGGAACGCUGAACCACCGCGCGGCUCGUACACAACAAUCACAAACCCCAAGGGUGUCAAGGUACACUAUGUCGGCCCCGAGUACACCUCCCGCGAACACUCCGAAUGCGGCGCAUACAUGAAGUCCAUCCAGGAGAUGCAUCUAGCCAACACUGUCGAGAACUACAUGGACAUUGCGUACUCUCUCGGCGUCUGCGAACAUGGAUACGUCUUUGACGGCCGUGGAAAGGGACACCGGUCCGGUGCCAACGGUGGAACGACCCUUAACGCGAAUCAUUACGCUGUUUUGGCCUUCCUUGGAAAGGCCGGCCUGACUGAGCCGACAAACGACCAGAUACUUGGUAUCCAGGAUAGCAUUGCGUACCUGCGCCGCGCUGGAGCUGGUCAGGAGAUUGCCGGACAUAGAGACGGAUACUCGACGGAAUGUCCUGGAGAGGCACUCUAUGCGCUGGUGAAGGACGGCUCCCUCGACCCUGGAAAACUGUACGAUGGCGGCGAACACAUAGUCCAACAGGGCGAAACCAUCGACGACAUUGCUGAAAAAUACAACGUCCCAAAGCGGUACAUCAUCACUGCCAAUAAUCUCACCGAGAGUGGUAACCCUGCUGUCGGCGACACUCUUGAGAUCCCUGCUCGCGGUGUGCCUCUUGGUAAUGCUCCUCCUAGCGACGGCGGCGAUGAUAGCGAGCCAAGCGAAUACGAGACAUUCCCCGGUGCAGAUUUCUUCAAGGAAGAACCCAGCUCGCCAAUCGUCAAGGCUAUGGGGGAGAGACUAGUCGAGGAGGGAUGUGACAAGUAUAGCAAUGGGCCUUCGGAGCAGUGGAGCGAUGAGGACUUGGAGUCAUACCGAUGCUGGCAGGAGAAGUUGGGAUAUACUGGCGCGGAUGCGGAUGGCUGGCCGGGCCAGACAUCUUGGGAUAAAUUGAAGGUUCCUGCUGUUUAAUGUACGCGAGAUCCAACUUGGCUGUAUCGCUUUCUAUGGCUAUGAAACCAGUUGGUGGUCGCGGGAAGCUGCAUGUAUAUAGUUUCGUCGUCGCAGAGAUUCCCGAAAUAUCUAUCAUGUCUUUCAAUUCGAGA